UUAAACUGAUAACUGAGUUUUGAGUCUUGAAAAGUAUAAUUUCAAAAUACAAUUCUAAAAAUGAACUAAAAACAGCAACAGUCUGGCCUCUUAUUAGAUGCGCUUUCAUUUGUUUGAAAUGACAAAUGUUGAUUGUGAUCAUGGUCAGGACCGAACCUCAUGAAACUAGUUUUCAAACCCUUUCACUUUCGAAUUCUUUGUUGCGUACAAGGAAAUUAUCCUUGACGGAUUGUCACUCACCUUCCUCAUUUUGAAAAACUAAACCUCUUAAAUACAGAAAACACUUCUAGACAAUCUAGAUCAUUUAUUGUAACAGACGAUGGCUCUUUUCGAUGUAAGUGGUUUUAAGUCUUAUUCUGAACUCAGGCGACAGAUUCUUCCGACAGGACAGACGCAUCUCAUCGACCGGACCAAUCACUACAAUUUCGGGGCCAAAACUCAAGAGUUUGCUGUACCUUUGGGAGUGGACCCCUCUGGGUUUCUUAAGUCUUGCAACAGCGAUGGAGGAGUGUGUAUAGAACUGAACCACGGUACCACCACCUUGGCCUUUACGUUCAAACAUGGAGUCAUCGUAGCUGUGGACUCCAGAGCCUCAGCUGGUCGUUACUUGGCAUCCAAUGAUGUCAACAAGGUCAUAGAGAUCAACCCCUACCUGCUGGGCACCAUGUCAGGCAGCGCUGCAGACUGUCAGUACUGGGAGAGACUCCUGGCCAAAGAGUGCAGGCUGUAUAGACUGAGAAACAACCACAGGAUCUCUGUGGCUGCUGCCUCCAAGCUGCUUUCCAACAUGAUGCUGGGCUACAGAGGCAUGGGUCUCUCUAUGGGAAGCAUGAUCUGUGGAUGGGAUAAAGAGGGUCCUGGUCUGUACUAUGUGGAUGAUAACGGGACGCGUCUGUCUGGACGUAUGUUCUCUACUGGCUGUGGAAACAGCUACGCCUAUGGUGUGGUGGACAGUGGUUACAGAGAGGACAUGACAGUGGAGGAGGCGUACGAGCUGGGUCGUCGGGGCAUCGCUCACGCUACACACAGGGAUGCUUACUCAGGAGGGUCGGUCAACAUGUACCACAUGCAGGAGGAUGGCUGGAUAAAGGUGUGUAAGGAAGACGUAUCAGAGUUGAUCCAUCGCUACAGGAAGGGAAUGUUCUGAGCAUGACCCUUCUACCAAAGAUCAACAUCAACGUCUACACAGGCCCCAAACAAUUCCUUUCUAUCCACAUUUUAGAACAGAUUUUUUAUUUUGACACAUGCUUUUUGAAAUGCAUUACCCUACUUUGUCUGUGAGUAAGCUCCAGUUAUAAGUUUGGAUCAGUGAAACGUCAUCCAGAGUAGGAGAAGCUACAUAGAACCACUUCUUUCCCUGUGUUUGACCCUUUAUUACAGGACAAAACUGUUAAGAUCUCUGUUUGGUUACUGUCUCCAUGUUAUGUUAUCUUGGCACUCUACAUGUUGAUAACAUUGGUCUUCAACCAUAGAUGGUUCAGCACAGAAAUGUUUGGUUUAUGCUAACCAGACAACAUAAAGCUCCAAAUAAAAACUGUUGUUCAACCUUC